AUGGCCUUCAGAGAGCUGAGUGGAACCCCUUUCUCUAUAUUUCACAUACUAAAGCAGAAAUCUCAACUUGCUUUGAAAAAUCAACAGAUGGGUCAACCAGCUAUUCAUCAGGAAAUAGAAAAAAACAGAAACAAUUUGGAAGUUAAUUCAACAGAAAGUAAAGACAGCCCGAUUCAGAAACCGCAAGAUAUCCAGUCAUCGAUGACUUCUGAUGAAGAAUUGACCAGAUUACCUUACGGGGAGAGUCAUUUGGUGCAUGAGUAUGAUGAUGAGUACCAGUCUUCGGAAGAUAAUGAAUCUCUCAAUAAAUAUCAGGUAUGUGAUUUGUCUCCGAGAGCUUAUAGGCUGGAGAAGUCACAGCAUAGGCAAGAUAAUUUUGCAAUUCCAGUUAAAGAUGAAAGAUUAAAUAGUGACUAUAGACUGCAUCGUUAUGAAUUAGACUUUAAGCAGAAAAUUUCUUAUUCCCAGUCAGAUGUUGAACAGCACGAAGCAGGCGAUUCUGUUUCGACGACAACGAUCGAUGAAACCACCACAGCCGGCUCCAAACCGCACGAAGACGGUCUCUCUUUCUCCGCACAGUCCCCGUCUACCAAACCGCGAAAGAAGCGAUCCCGUGCCGCAUUCUCCCACGCUCAGGUGUUCGAACUGGAACGCCGCUUCAGCCAUCAACGUUACCUGUCUGGUGCGGAACGAGCAGAUUUGGCUCAAGCCCUCAAACUCACAGAAACUCAGGUCAAAAUCUGGUUUCAAAACAGGCGCUACAAAACAAAGAGAAGACAACUCCAACAAGAACUUGGAGCAUCCAUGUCGUCGGCCAGAAGGGUUGCCGUCAAGGUUUUGGUCAAGGAUGAUCAAGUGCUGUAUCAGCCUGAAGAGAUAGGAACUAGGUCACCAAUGUUAUAUCCAUCAUUCCCAAUGCCUGGUUUUGCGUUUAGUUAUUUGUAUUCGCCGUGGCUGUUUGGAUGCGGGCAAGGGCCAUUUCCACAUCCACCUCCACCACCCCCACCACACCUGUGA